CUUCAGCGGCAACCCAGUCCUCAUAGCAAAACUGCAAAGAUGACCAGCCUCAGCGAGAAAGACAAGGUCACCGUCAAGGUCUUCUGGGACAAAGUGGCCCCGAAGACCGAGGACAUCGGCUCGGCGGCUCUGUCCCGGCUGUUGGUAGUGUACCCCCAGACCAAGACCUACUUUUCCCACUGGAAGAGCUUGAGCCCCGGCUCCGAGCCCGUCAGGCGGCACGGCAGGAUCAUCAUGGCCGGCGUGGGCGACGCCGUGAGCAAGCUCGCCGACCUGAAGGGGGGCCUCCUGCCCCUCAGUGAGCUGCACGCCUUCACCCUGAGAGUGGACCCCGCCAACUUCAAGAUCUUCACCCACUGCAUUCUUGUGGUUUUGGCCAUCAUGUUCCCCAAGGAAUUCACCCCCGAGGUGCACGUGUCCAUGGACAAGUUCCUGGCCGCUGUCUCUCUGGCCCUGGCCGAGAAAUACAGAUAAACGGCCAGAAAACGGUCACCGGGAAACCAGACAACAGCAGCAGCGUGUCUUUACUGUGUGCUUGUCAUCAAGAAAUGCAAAAUUAAAAAACAAACAAAACAAAAAAAAG